AUGCAGAUUCUUUGUUCCGGGAUCUGGAUGCCCUUUUCUUUGACAGCUGGGCACGUCCUGGUGUGGAUCUUCAACCUGAGAUUGCGUCCAUAUGUGACAAGUGGAAGCAGAAGCAGCUCAGCAGUGAGGAGGUUCAGUCACCACAGAUGGACAUAUGGCUGCAAAGUCUGUUGGAUGAGCUUCAGAAGGUGUGGCUGUCCUGUUUCGGCCACAUUCUGCAUCAAGAUUUUUGUGGGAGACUUGGAAAGCUUCUUCGCCAUGCAGGUGGUUCAAUCAGAAGCAGGGACAGCUGAUGGCCGUAUACAAGGGGAGGCCAACAUUUGGAAAUUGCAGCCACAGAUAGCUGAUCCUCGCCAGAAUUCUUCUGUGUGUAUAGUUUGUGUAGACUUGCUCAUACUUCGCAUGUUCUGCUUGCAAGGAUGGGUGGCGCUUGCAUUGUGGUGCACCGAUUGGCAUAUCAACAAGCAAGACGCAUCAGGCUGGCAACAUCUGGCAACAAGCACAUCGAAAGCAGCUGCCUUUAGCAGGGUGCUUUCUCAGGUGUCAAGAAAGAGCGCGGAAAAGAAAGGUGGUAUGAUGCCAAAGAAGAGCUUGGUCCCUAUCUGGUGGCAUUUCUGA